AUGCUCCCAAGGACUAUCCAGAGCUUUGAAAUGAAUGAGCUUAGUGCCAGCGAGUACUUGGAAGAACAAGAACGGUUACAAGAUGAGGCACGUAAUGCGAUGCCUUGGGAACCGAAUACGUGUACUUACGAGUUGGGGGCUCUUAGACAGCAAUUGUAUGCCUGCAGGGACCAUGGAGACAUUGGUAUCUGCUAUUCCUGCUCCAUCCAGUGCCAUACGAGUUGUGAUUUGGUGGAAUUGUUUACCAAGAGGCACUUCACGUGCGAUUGUGGGACUGAACGUGAUCAAAGGGGGCUUGCACAGGCUAUUGAUGACGAAGAUGGUAAUAAAAAUGGGGAGGUCUAUUUUUGUAGUCUGAGGAAGAAUAGGGAGAAAGAUAUAGCCUCUGGAGACAACGUUUACGGCCAUAAUUUUAAAGGUUUGUUUUGUGACUGUGCGACAGAGUACGACCCGGAUUCAGACGCUGUUAUGUUGCAGUGCGUUGCUGGGUUGGAGUGUGACGAGGACUGGUACCACGAUUACUGUAUCAUGAAUGUGGACCCUGCAGAUGCCAAGCGCAGCGCUGCCGAUGCAGACGAUUCCGGCGCCGAGAACGUUCUCGACGGGUUUCCAGACGUCGACAGUUUCGACUCUUAUAUCUGUUGGAAGUGUAUAGCAAAGAACGAAUGGUUCUUCAACCAGUUGAUUACAUCACAGGGCUCAGAAGAUUUCAUUGCGCAUAAAUUACCUCGCUGUCCCCCAGUUAGCAUUCCAAGCUCGUCUUCUUUGAAUAAGAACGGUAAAAGAACAAGAGAGGACCACAUGGAUGUGGACUAUAGUUUAUUUUUGAAAGAAGGGUAUUCAUCUGCUUUGGCAAAGUUGAAAGACUCCUGCGAGAUAGAUAGCAAACUACGUUCUUUUCUGACAUACAAGGUGCCUUUUUUAAUAGAAGAGGUUCCAGUAUACGAACAACAUGAGGACGCAACUUUGGAGACCGAUGUUUAUGAUGUAGCAAUGAACUCCAUCGGAUCAAAUUUACAACAUGAGCCUACCGUUAAUACGAUUAUAGCAUUACAGCAACUGAAAGCAAAGCUAGGUAACUUUUUUAAGACUUUUGUUGACAAGAAAGAUAUAGUAAAAGAAGAGGAUAUUAGGGAGUUUUUCAAUAAACAAAAAGAAGAUAGUUUUUAA